CAUAGCAGUUUGAGUCGAGAGCUCUCAUCGACACAGUCAUCCAACGAAUCUCUCUGGCAGAGGAUAACUUUCUACUCCUUGCUAUCGUUUCCUUCAAGAAAAUACAUAUUUUGUAUGCUAUAGACAUUCAUUCGCUUAGGCCUAUCUUUAGCCUACAGAAAAAAACAUCCAGACGGACAGCUUUUUGGAGCGCUCUACGGAAAGACAAAGAUACGGAAUUCCGAACGUUUGAUUCAUUCGAAAACGAAAGAAUUGGCUACAAUUCAGUUUGAUUCGGGGCGUUUAAAAAAAAAAAAAAACGAAUACAUUUGAAUUUAUGUGAUUAGUUUUGACAUGGUUGUAGUCAAAUAUCACGGUGCGAAAUCAGUCUGAUUGGCAACAGCUGUUGCGCUAUAGAUGUUGCGGAACUAGUAGGCCUAAAUGCGUUUGCGGACUAUUUUCUGAACGCUUCAAUGAAUUGAUCAUAGUAUCAACCAGCGACCGAAAAAGUUGCUGAAAACAAGCUAACACGUCAUCAGACUUCAGGUUACUAGACGGGGAUUUCAUUCAGAGGACAUGGAAUCUACAAAAGCAGGGGGUGUAAUAGCCUACAUCAGCUCCUCUAGCCCUGAGUCAUGUCAUAGUGACUCAAAUGACUGCAGCUAUAACUCCUCCCACAGCUGUCGCCAGGACAACGUGGUGAACAAGCCCCUAAACAUGGCAGGCCUCACCCUCCCGCUGGCCCACACUAUCGCAAAGACCGGACGCUCGGCCUCCACUGCAAAAUGCGACAUUACUAAAAUCAACGGCCUGGUGCUGCUGUGUAAGGUGUGCGGAGACAUUGCAUCUGGAUUCCACUAUGGGGUUCAUGCCUGUGAGGGCUGCAAGGGCUUCUUCCGUCGGAGCAUCCAGCAGAACUUCCAGCAGAACAUCCAGUAUAAGAAGUGCCUGAAGAACGAGAGCUGCGCCAUCAUGAGGAUCAACAGGAACCGCUGCCAGCAGUGUCGCUUCAAGAAGUGUCUGCUUGUCGGCAUGUCCAAGGACUCUGUGCGUUUCGGCCGCAUCCCAAAGCGUGAGAAGCAGCGCAUGCUGCUAGAGAUGCAGAGUGCCGUGAACAACAUGAUGAACAACAGCCAGCUACACAGCCAGUUCCACUGCAACACACCCUUCCCCCUGGCCAAUCAGCUUCAGUCGCCAGCCUGCCCCGUGGAGCCCCGCCCCCAAUAUGUUGAUUCUGGCCUAGGCUCCGUCCCCUCCUCCACCUCUCCCGCCGUUUCCCCCAGGUCCAACCAAUCUGAGGAGACCGGCUCUGACCGCAAGCUUGCGGUCACCAAGAAUAAAAGCCCCAGCCCCAACUCUGUGUCUCCAUCGAGUGCUUCAGACUGCGGGUCAGAGGAGGUGAUUGGCUCAGUGACCCGAGCCCACCAGGAGACUUUAAUUUACAACCAGGAGCAAGGUAGCCCCUCCACCCAGUCCCAGGCCUACGCCCAGCUGACCUCCCCGGGGGCGGAGCAACAUGUCAGUGACACUGGAAAGAGGAUAGACGAGAGGAACCGGAACCAACAGGAGGCCGGGAACCAGCAGAUUAAGAACCAGAACCACCAAAAUGACCUGGCCUCAUACACAGUCGCUCAGGCACAUUACCAGGCUCAGGAGAGGCCCACCAACACUGGGCCUCAGGGUACUGACAGCCACCAUCGCCAGGAGGACCACACCACCAGCCUUAGCGAGAACCACUGCUCCAACAGCAGGGACAGACUGCCCACCUGCUCCCCUAGUAGCCACUGCCCAUCCUACGCCCAACAUGGCCUGAGAGGAGGCAACAACAGCACUUGCCAGGCCACCUCCAAUUCCCAUGGAGGAUUCAGUGGACUACUGUGGAACAGGGGCAACAGGAUGCAUCUGCUGUGUCCCAUGAACACGUCUCCCCAUGUGAACCCCCAUAAUUCAGGCCAUGGGAUCUGGGAGGAGUUCAGCCACAGUUUCAGCCCAGCUGUCAGGGAGGUAGUGGAAUUUGCCAAGCGGAUCCCAGGCUUCAGAGACCUUUCCCAACUUGACCAGGUCAGCCUGCUCAAGGCUGGUACCUUUGAGGUGCUAGUGGUUCGCUUUGCGUCCCUGUUUGACGUGAAAGACCGCACAGUGACGUUUCUGGGUGGUAACAAGUACAGCGUGGAGACGUUACAAGCUAUGGGCGCCGGCGACUUCCUGACCUCCAUGAUGGACUUCAGCGACAAGCUGAUGGCGCUCGGCCUCAGCGAGGAGGAAAUGAGCCUGUUCACCGCUGUCGUCCUCAUCUCUGCCGAUCGCUCAGGGAUUGAGAACGUAAACUCUGUGGAGGCUCUUCAGGAGACUCUGAUCCGGCACCUGAGGGGCCUCAUCACUAAGAACCACCCUAGCGAGUCGGCCAUAUUCACCAAGCUGCUCCUCAGACUGCCCGACCUCCACUCCCUCAAUAACAUGCACUCUGAGCAGCUGCUGGCCUUCAAGGUCCAUCCCUAGACCAGAACUAAGGUCAGAACCGGGGGUGUAUUCAUUAGGCACCAAAUGGAAGAACAUUUACUGAAAUGGGGAGGUACUACCUGAACUUGUCCAAUAAGAAAUGCUUGUCGUUGUCGUCGUCCCACCCCCCAUUGCAAAACCUUUUGCUAAGGUGUACCCUAAUGAAUAUGAGCAUGGACACUAGGCCUGAAGACCACAAAGCCCAUUUAUCCACCCACCCUGACACAACUCGACCAGCUUUCCCAAUGAACUAUGAACCCUGACCUCCCAAGAGAACCCUCUUAUUCUGCCACUCACUUCACGUGAUCUUUUUCCUUCACAAACAAGUUGAACUAGUGGGCAAAUGUGUCACGGUUACAGGGGAGGGAGGCUUAAGACUUAAAAGUUAUCGUACUGUGAGGCUAAAAGGCCUUUAUUGUUGAAGUAAUAACCAUGAACGCAAACGUUCAGACGCAAGCAGAAGAUGGAUGUGUAAUGUUGUCUUGUUUCUGUGUGUGCAGGACACAUUUGCCACUGUACAACUCUUCUUAGAGAAUAACCUUUUAUUAACAUUGUGUAAUGUGCAUUUUUGCAUCGUUUGUGCAUUAUAUGUGACUGACUAUUUAGACUUUUUGUUUAGCUUUUCUACAGCAGGCUCCCUAACCCUGUUCCCGAAGAGCUAACCUUCUGUAGGUUUUUAUUAAUUGAACCUUUAUUUAACUAGUCAAGCCAGUUAAGAACAAAUUCUUAUUUACAAUGACGGCCUACACCGGCCAAACCCGGACGACGCUAGGCCAAUUGUGCGCCGCCCUAUGGGACUCCCAAUCUCGGCUGGUUGUGAUAUAGCCUGGAUUCGAUUCAGGGUGUCUGUAGUGACACGUCUAGCACUGAGAUGCAGUGCCUUAGAUCGCUGCGCCACUCCAAUCCUGUUCCUGGAGAGAUACCCUCCAACCCUGUUCCCGGAGAGAUACCCUCCUGUAUGUUUUAACUCCAACCCUUAUCUAGCACACUUGAUUCUAACAAUUAGCUGGUUGAUAAACUGAAUCAGGUUAGAUCCAACUGGGGUUGGUGUUAGAACCUACAGGAAGCUAGUUCUCCAAGAACAGGAUUAGAGAGCCCCGUUCUACACCUUGGGUGUAUGUCUGUGGUUUAUUUAGGCAGACUAAUCCUAAAGGAUGUUGUGCUUACUGCCUAAAGAGAGGGUGAUUCUAAAUCAAAGGAAACUGACAAUGAAUGACCACAGAGAAGUGUUAAGUCUCCUAUUUAAACUGUGUUGAGACAAGGGGAAUGUGGUAAAAGCAUAGGUAGACCUAUGUAAUCAGGGUAAACGCUGCUACUUCACAUCUGUCUGUGUGACCUUAGCUAGUCACCUGAGGAAGAGCUUUGAAUGUCUUUAUUUGUUGUUGAGAGCAAUCUCUUAUUUCAAGUUUACAGUUUGAGUUGAUGGUGCAGCAGUUGUAUGUGUGUAUAUCACAGACAGUUGGUGGCACCUUAAUUGGGGAGGAUGGCCAUGUGUUUGAUGCCAUUCCAUUCGCUCCCGUUCUGGACAUUAUUGUGAACUGUCCUCCCCUCAGCAACAUCCUUUGGUGUAUAUGUUUUACACGCUAUCAUUUUCCAGAGGGGGUUAUGUUGUAAAUCAUGAAAUGUUCUUGUAGGUAAUGAUGUUGGGUUAUGAACUAACUGAAGUCCAUCAUUGACAGACGUGUUCCCGUCACUUAAUCAUUAUAGUGUAUUGUGAUAGACCUCCCAUUUGAAGAAUAGGGGAGCAAACAGACAGGAAGUCAAAUACAUGGAGGUUAUUCAAACUGCCAAAGGUUAACGUUGCUAACCAGUAUAACCUAUCAACGCAUCUCCACUUGGAGACGUUUGUGUUAUUUCCAUGUCAAAAGGAGACAUUUUAUUUUACACUUGUUAUACCCAUUUCAUAUUUUUCAUUUUGGUGCAAAUUGUUAAAUCAAAACAUGUGGUUUGAUUUUACAGGUGAAAACUGUACUUUGAUUGCUAAUUAUGCAUUUAAUUUGUUUACUGUAAAAAUGUUGUUUUGUGCGCACAUACUUGAUAUCGUGUCUUCGAAGCCCAUUCAGGCUGGGCACCAAUUGGUGUACGACUUAGAAAGAAAAACAAAUCAAUCAUUACACAAAAACACAUGGAGGCUAUGCAGACUUGUCAUGUUGCUGCAGGGUCAGUCGGUGGUUGUGAGAAGGGAGAGAAACAUUGUAGGAAUGUUUUUGUCAUUCAGUUGGAUUCUUAUACAUACCACUGUCUCAAAUGUUUCAACAGAGGACCACUAAACUUGAAUAGAUUGA